UUUUUUGUUGUCAUUGGCUGGUGGCGGAGUAUAUAAGGGCGUCAUUUCCGUUCGCCUCUCUUUUCCGCGCUACCCAGGGAAGGGUCCAUACGGCGUUGUUUCGCGUUCCCAUCGUAACUUAACGGGAAACUUUCACAAUGUCCGGAGCCCUUGAUGUCCUGCAAAUGAAGGAGGAGGAUGUCCUCAAAUUCCUUGCAGCGGGAACCCAUUUAGGUGGCACCAACCUUGACUUCCAGAUGGAACAGUACAUCUACAAAAGGAAAAGUGAUGGUAUCUACAUCAUAAAUCUGAAGAGGACCUGGGAGAAGCUUCUGCUGGCAGCUCGUGCCAUUGUUGCCAUUGAAAACCCAGCUGAUGUUAGUGUCAUAUCGUCCAGGAAUACUGGCCAGCGAGCUGUGCUGAAAUUUGCUGCUGCAACUGGAGCCACUCCCAUUGCUGGCCGCUUCACUCCUGGAACAUUCACUAACCAGAUCCAGGCAGCCUUCCGAGAGCCAAGACUUCUGGUGGUUACUGAUCCCAGGGCUGACCACCAGCCUCUUACAGAGGCAUCUUAUGUUAACCUGCCUACCAUUGCUCUGUGUAACACAGACUCUCCUCUGCGCUAUGUGGACAUUGCCAUCCCUUGCAACAACAAGGGAGCUCACUCAGUGGGUCUGAUGUGGUGGAUGCUGGCCAGGGAAGUUUUGCGCAUGCGUGGCACCAUUUCUCGUGAACACCCGUGGGAGGUCAUGCCUGAUCUCUACUUCUACAGAGAUCCUGAAGAGAUUGAAAAGGAAGAGCAGGCUGCUGCUGAAAAGGCUGUGACCAAGGAAGAAUUCCAGGGUGAAUGGACAGCUCCAGCUCCUGAGUUCACGGCUACUCAGCCUGAAGUUGCAGACUGGUCUGAAGGCGUGCAGGUGCCCUCUGUGCCUAUUCAGCAGUUCCCUACUGAAGACUGGAGCGCCCAGCCGGCCACUGAAGACUGGUCUGCAGCUCCCACUGCUCAGGCCACUGAAUGGGUAGGAACAACCACUGAGUGGUCUUAAGCUGCUCUUCCACAAAGGCAAACAAAAUGGAAAUAAGGUUGACGGAAAAUAAACAGUUUGUAAAAGUCG